AUGCGGCGGGCGAGGAGCGCGGCGGCCUCGCAGCGGGCGAAAGCGCGGCGGCCGGGGGCCUCGGACUCCUCCUCGGCCCGGGGCGACAGCCGUGCUCGGCGCUCCACGAACCGGGCCGGGGACGGGAGCCGGCAGCCGUCGGCCAAGCGGCGGUCGAAGAUGUCUCCGCCGCGGGCCCACAAGGCGGGUUGCGAGGAGCCGCCGGCGGCCGAGCCGGCGCCGCUCCCGCCGCCGCCGCCGCCGCCGCCGACCCCGGCGACCCCCGCGUCCUCGGUGUCCACGCUCGACCUGGGCGAGCAGCGGGAGCGCUGGGAGACGUUCCAGAAGCGGCAGCGGCUCAGCUUCGAAGGUGCCGCCAAGCUCCUGCUGGACACCUUUGAAUACCAAGGCCUGGUGAAGCACACGGGAGGCUGCCAUUGUGGAGCAGUUCGUUUUGAAGUCUGGGCCUCAGCCGACUUGCACAUCUUUGACUGCAACUGUAGCAUUUGCAAGAAGAAGCAGAACAGACACUUCAUUGUUCCGGCUUCUCGUUUCAAGCUCCUGAAGGGAGCCGAGAGCCUAACGACUUACACGUUCAACACGCACAAAGCUCAACACACCUUCUGUAAGAGGUGCGGUGUCCAGAGCUUCUACACUCCCCGCUCCAACCCUGGGGGCUUUGGAAUUGCCCCACACUGCCUGGAUGAGGGCACCGUGAGGAGUGUGGUCACUGAGGAGUUCAAUGGCAAUGAGUGGGAGAAGGCCAUGAAAGAGCACAAGACCAUCAAGAACAUGUCUAAAGAAUGAACUCUGGUUUCUGUACUGGAAAGGUGCAUCAGCGCUGCCCCAACGUGUCUGACCUGGGCUACUGUCUGCAUUGGACAGUCAUUAUCCUGGUCCCUACAGUUGCUCUAGCUACGAGUUUCUUUAGGCAGCUGUUUGUUCUUAGCCCAGAUAUGAUUGUAAGAUAGUUGACUUUACUUCUUUUUGCCAACUUUUGUGUGAUCUUUUAGAAAAUAAAUAUUUUUAACAUUAA